GUGGAGAGGGUAAAGCGCCACCCCAAAUACUACUUGGCGGGCGGGGACGUUCAUUUCCUCGUUGAGAACUAUCUUUUCCGUGUACACAGAUAUUUCUUUGAACGGGAAUCGGCAUGGUUCCGCGAAAAGCUGGCUAUCGCGGCGCCGCCGGGGCAGAGCCCAAAGGGCUCCUCGGACGCCCAUCCCUUCCCGCUGGAGGAUGUUCAAGCUCAAGACUUUUCACGACUUCUCUGGGUGUUCUACAAUCCCAAAUAUUCAAUAUAUGACGCGACCGUCGACGACUGGUCAACCAUCCUAAAGCUCUCAUAUGACUGGCGCUUUCCCGAAGUCAAGAAGCUUUGCUGUCGCGAGCUCGAGAAGUUCACGAUCGCGCCGCUCCAGAAGAUCGAGCUGUACCAGACGUAUGAGCUCGACCGCAAGCUCCUUAUUCCAUCGUAUAUCGCAAUGUGCCGACGGCCAGAGCCCCUCACGAUCAAGGAGGGUCGCCAGCUCGGACUCGAGACCGCGCUCCUUCUCGCAACAGCCCGUGAGACGUCUCGUGGUACGCCGACGAAUGGCGUCCUCAGCCCAUCGACCGUGUCCGUCGAGGAUGGAGACAUGUCUUUUAUCAUCAAGGAGAUCUUCGGAAUU